AUGGAUAAGUUUCAGGCGUUUGGAAAGAACCUGACUGCGAACUUUUCGCCCUUUGCUGCGCGUACGCAGCAGAUGAUCAAGGAGCAACUGGGCCAGGCCGAGGAGAAGACUCAGCUGCCCGAUGAGUACAUCGAGCUGGAGAAGCGUGUGGAUGCGCUUAAGCUGGUCCAUCAGAAGCUUCUUCAGGUGACCUCCCAGUACUCCAACGAAGCCUAUGAUUAUCCACCCAACAUCCGCGAAUCGUUCAACGACCUUGGUCGCACCAUCAGCGAGAAGGUCCAGCUGUUAUCGCAGGCGUCCUCACCCGCCGAAGCCCAGGCUGCUCUGACUGCUCCGCCGGCCGCGAAACCCCAGCCCAAGACGUUCAACCACGCCAUUGCCCGGGCCUCCCUGUCGGGAUCGCAGACUCUGGCGCAGAACAACACGACCGGCGAGGACCCCCUGGCCUCCGCGCUGGAGAAGUAUGCGUUGGCAUCGGAGAAGGUGGGCGAGGCUCGUUUGUCGCAGGAUGCUCAGAUCCAGUCGCGUUUCCUGGCCGGGUGGAACACCACCCUCAACACGAACCUGAUGUUCGCCGCCAAGGCCCGUCGGAAUGUCGAGAAUGCCCGUCUCAUGCUGGACUCGGUCAAGGCGAGCAAAAAGGCGCAGGCCCGCGGUGAUCUGGAUAAUCUGAGCGAGGAGGCUCGUGCCGAGAUCGAGCAAGCCGAGGAUGAAUUCGUCGGACAGACCGAAGAGGCAGUGAGCGUGAUGAAGAAUGUCCUUGACACUCCCGAACCCCUCAGAAACCUGGCGGAUUUGAUCGCCGCGCAGCUAGAGUUCCACAAGCGGGCGUAUGAGAUUCUCAGUGAGCUGGCUCCUGUGGUUGAUGGCUUGCAGGUUGAGCAAGAGGCCAGCUACCGCAAGAGCCGUGAGGGAGCCUAA